AUGGCCUCGAGCAGCCGCGACGACAUAACCGCGCUGCCCGUUACCCAUGCCCUGCGUACCAGCCCUCACCUCCGCCCGGCCCUGCGCAACGACUCCGAUAUACCCUACAACUUCCAACCCAAUGCCCACAGCCAAGCCGGCCCACACACAAGCUUACAGCCUUCGGGCAGUCACCGAUCUAAGCUUCAAAAACGCCCCUCCAAAGACGGUCCACCGAGGAGAAAGUCAACCAAGAAACGCAAGGACGACCAAGUCCGCGAGGAGGAGAUCAGAGCCAUGAGUGCUCCCAUUGCCAUCAAGCGGCCGGCGCCUCAGUCCGGCAGCACCAUGCGCCGUGACAGCAAAAAGGUUCGCAGAGGCUUUAGCAGACAUUUCGAUAACCGGCCCACGUCCGAUGUCUCCCUGCCCAUGGCCGACUCAAUUCAGUCGUCUAUGACGGGUAGCUCGGAAAUGCUGUCAACCUCUUACAGGGUCAGCGCGCUUGACGUCUUCGCCCCCAGACCCACCAUCCGUUAUUCGAGUAGUCCGCCCAUCUAUAAUUGGCAGCACCAUGCCCAAGAACGCGCCGACGUAUCCCGGUCCAAUUCGCAACGUCGGAGGAUCAGCAAGGAAGCACUCAAAGAGAGCAAAACUAUCGACGAUCUGGCGGAUGACAUGGAUGCCGGCACAUUAAGAGAACUGAUGGAAAGGGAUCAGAGAAGAAAAGAACGGAAAAGGAAAGCAGAUGAAGAACGCCUCCGCCGGAAACUUGAGAAGAGAGCAGAGAAACAGCGCCAGAAGGAGGCCAGCAGAGAGCAGGCAGCCGCCGCGAGGGCUGAUGCUGAGCUCGACGCGGCAAUGGGGCUUGGAAUUGAGGACAGGGCUCCUGCUGCGGAAGUGGCCCAGGACGGCCACGCCCCGAGAAUCAUUACCACACCCACAAGACCGCCGCCAACGCCUGCCGAGACGACAUCAUCGCCUGUUAAGACACCGGUCGAUGAUCCCGUCGUAGCUACCGCUCAGGCUGUUCGUUACUCGCAAGCCUCCCAGAAUCUGUCCCCCCCAACCUCGCCUGUUCACCAACACGCACGAGGCCCUUCGAACGUGUCCGACCUUCCUGAGCUGACUCAGGAGGUUACUCCAUCCGCCAUCCAGCCGUCUACCAUUAGUCGGAAUUCCUCGCUCAGCCGUAGAAGAAGUUCCGACGUCAGCAAACGCGGUGGUUGGUGGUCGACUUUCAAACGCCGCCCUUCAGCCCUGCUGAAGAGACGGUCAGUUGAUCAAACCACUAAUGUCACUGCGCCGUCCGACAUCUCCUUCUCCAACACGUCCAGAGAAUCCAUGGGCCGUCAUGCGCUGCCUGCCCAUCUUGUGCAGCAACCCGUCCGUAAAGCAUCCGGCACUCCGGUCCGCACCAUGUCGAAAUUCCGCGAAGAUCUUCCCGAGAGGAUGCCACUGUCGCCGCCUGAUUCGAGGGUGCAGUCCCCAGAAGUUGUUUCCGCCAAAGCACUCUCUGCCCGCAGAGGCCUUUCUGAGACUCCAGAUACACAUGAGCUCGAAGAACCCAAGUCAACGGAGGAUGGUGCCACCAAGCUCCGAACAGACUCUCCUGUCAGCCCUGCUGGCAGGACUUCGGCGCUCAUGUCUGGCUCUCUCGCCUCGGUCGAUUCGGAAGGUUCGUGGUUCUCCGGUAGACCCGUCAAGCGCGGCUCUAGGGCCAUGCGCAGCAGCUAUGGCUCGUCUUUCAGGAGACCGCGGGAAGACUGGAAUGCUUCCUACGAGGAGCUCGGCAUCCCCGAUGACGAGUACUUCCGUAGACUGACGCCCGGCCCUGAGGAAUCGUGGAAUGUACCCAACCAUGAGAUGCAGCGCAAGGCGAGCAGUGUCGCUCUCGCAAACAAUACCGAUGCCGGCGCCGAAGACGACGAAGACGAGGAUGACCAGCCCACCCCCGAGGAGACAGUCGUGCACAACUCGAUUGUCAGGAAACCCACCGUUGUUCACCGCCAGGCGCGUGCCAAGUCUCAGGAGGGUCUUCUUAGCUUCUUCCCCGAUGAAGCACAAGAUGCUUCGGCCGGCGGUGAAGCGAUGGAAGGUGUCAUUCCUGCAACGCCCGUUGAAGACAAGACAGACAGCCCAACAGCCCUCGAGGAUAGUCCCGAGGUCACGGUGCACCGGGCUUCGAGUAUCAACUUGUCCAAGGGGCAUGCGCGGCAAUUCAGCGGCAGCAGCGCGAAGCUCUUGGACAUCAGGUCCAGCCGGAGUUCCAUUGAUGCAAACAGGGCGAGUGCAACCUCGCAAGCCUCCCCCGACCCCCAGUCGUAA